AUGUCUAAGCUCUACAUUUGCUCUGCUGAACCUGGCUGUAACGAAACUUUUACCAAGUUCGUGGACUUCAAAAGACAUGAGGCCGCACAUUCAGUAAAGGGGUACAUCUGCACCUGGCCCGGGUGCAACUUCGCAACAAUGACGAGAAGUAGCUACGAUAUCCAUUCUGCUAAACAUACGGGCGAGAAACGCUACAUCUGUCCUCACGACGGUUGUAACUAUAAGACUCACGAUCCUGCUCUCUUCACGCGCCACCGCCAGAAACAACAUGGGUAUGUUCCUCAGGCGCGCGGUCGUGGUGCCCCCUCUGCAAAAGGGUCAAGCGGGACCAAGUCAUCAUCUCAGCCCCCGGCACAGCCCCAGCCUCCGGUACAGCCCCCUCUUCCUGGUACAUACCACCAAUACAAACUCCAGCCCGUGCAACCGCAAUCCAUGCAACAACAACAACCCAUACUUCCCCGAUUCAUGCAACCGCAGCCUGUGCAAUCGCAACCCAUGCAACCACAACCCGUGCAGUCACAACCCAUACAACCGCAACCCAUACCACCCCGACACAUGCAAUUCUACCCUACCCCAUACAAAUCCCAACCCACUCAAUACCAGCCUCCUCCACCUGUCUACAACCCAUCGUUGGGAGUCUUCUACGACUCAGCAGAUACCGCGGAUGACUAUACCAUGUAUACCAGACCUGCGAGGACCCCCAAUGGGUGGACUGAGGGAUGCAUUUGUCCUGAAUUGAUGCAGAGGCGCCCUUCGGAGAUCCUGGGGUAUGAAUAUGAAGAUUAUUAGUGUUACAUGAUCUCAAGACUCGAGAAUUGUUCGUGUUCCUUUUUUUCUUGCUUGAUGAUAUUUUUUCGGUCGUUUAUGUGUGGACUCUGGGCACCCUUCCACUCGUUUGUACAUGCCAUUUAUCACUUAUUUAUGUAAAACCACUUUGCGGUGUUUUGUCUAUAGAUACACUCUUUUAUCGAUGUAAUACGUUCCAAGUCGUAAAUGUUCAUCUCUACGUAUAUAUACGUCAAGUUUGAUUCAGGCGCGCUCACCGCUCAUGGCAUGCC